AUGUCUGCUACAAUUGAUUGUGGAGUGGCAGGUAUUAUCGAAAGGGGAGAAGAAAACUGCAGAGAACUCAUUGAAGCACAUAAGGAGUGUAUGAGAACCGUGAACGGAACCGAUGGCUUUGGCGGCCUCCUCCCGGUGCUCGUAACUAACGAACGCGAAUCCCUUCGACUGACCCAAUAUUCGCGUCACUCUUCCAAAGGGGCCGAAGAGGUCCUUCAAGUCCUGGUCCUGAAUCUCUUCGGGAAGAUUCUGUUGGCCUCGUCUUUGUUGCGCGCAUUGGUCAUCGUUUCGCCCCUUUUGUUGCCGCCCUCUCUCAUGUUCGGCGGCACGUAUUUGGCAGGCUUUCCCUUCUCGUCCAUCUGUACGGCCAACCAAUGGGUCACACAAUCAGUCAAUCAGUCAUACAUUCGCAACAAUCAUCACAAUCAGCGCAUUGUUUACCUGAGUUCCAGCACCUGA